CUCUUUAAAGCCGUCAUCGCAGAAAGAUCUGUGUUCUCCAGUCUUCCUUCAUUUUUCCCUUCGGCAGAGAAGACUGAAGAGUAAGAAAACACAUCCAACGUUUAGUCAUGUCUCUUGUCGGGAACGAAGACUUUCAACACAUUCUUCGUGUUCUCAACACAAAUGUUGAUGGAAAGCAGAAUAUAAUGUUUGCUCUAACUUCGAUCAAAGGUAUCGGUCGCCGUUUCGCUAACAUAGUAUGCAAGAAAGCCGACGUCGACAUGAGCAAGAGAGCUGGUGAGUUAUCUGCUGCUGAGCUUGAGAACCUCAUGGUGAUUGUUGCAAAUCCGCGACAGUUCAAGAUCCCUGAUUGGUUUUUGAACAGGAAGAAGGAUUAUAAGGAUGGUAGGUAUUCCCAGGUUGUUUCCAAUGCGUUGGACAUGAAACUAAGGGAUGAUCUCGAGAGGUUGAAGAAGAUCAGGAACCACCGUGGUCUCCGACACUACUGGGGCCUGAGGGUUCGUGGUCAGCAUACAAAGACAACUGGCCGCCGGGGAAAGACUGUUGGUGUCUCAAAAAAGCGAUGAACUUGCAUCCCGUUUCCAUGCUUCUACCUUUUUCCGGGCUUCUCUUGUUACAACUAUUUGUUACCUUUUCUGGGUCUAAUAUGUUAUAGAUUUAUAUAGGUUCAAACAAUGUUUUGGUUCUGGGUUAUGAAUCAAUUUUGAUUU